AGUUUCUAUGAAUAUUUGUGGUCUCAUUUACUUGGUACAAGAUAUGCUUUACAGACCUUGAACUUGUUAAGGAUAUAACGAGCUCAGACAAAGAAUAAUACAAAAAGGACAUCCUGGAAGUCUCACGCGUUACUCACUUUACUGACUCAUUCAUAAAAGCCUACUCGAUAAAGGUACCACUGCCAAAUAGUAACAUUCGUACUGUGAAGAGAAACGGCCUAAUUUAUAGUGUAUUGAUAAAAACUGCGGGUUUUUUACUUUUUAUCGCAAUUGUAAAGUAAUUGGGUUUAGUUAAAUCGGUGCCUUUGUGGUCAGUGCACGUGAAGAACAUGUUUUUUAAAUUGUUUUUGUUGAUGAUUUUCUUGUCAAAAGUAUCUUCAACGGCUGUUGCAGAACAAGAUUACUACAAAUAUUAUGACGAAUACGAUGAUUACGAAUACGAUGAUGGCACAUUAGAUACAGGAGAAAAUAAACCAACAGACAAAACAACAUAUGAACCUGAAGCUACUUCCUACAAACACGCAAAAGGAGAACCAGGUGAAAUUUCAACAAUUAAGUGGUUAAAACAACUUGUUCAGGAUCCUGAGAGUAAUAAGGCUUUAUCAAAUACUGGGGAAGCUACUGGUAAUGACGAAGAAGUAACAUACAUACUUACAGACAAACCUCCUAUAGAUGAUAAACCUGGUUAUGAAGUUACAGAAAUUGUUGAUGAUAUACCAAACAUUGUAACUUUUAAGCCUAUAGUAACUAAUUUCACUAUCAAAUUACCUUUGAAUAACGCCACAGUGAUUAAUGGAAAUAGUAUUGAAAAUAGUAACGAAAAUAAGAAGAACAAAGGAAAUGUCCCAAGAAAGAGUUCAAUAAAUAUUUUCCACGUAAACGCUGAAUUUGAUGAUGAUAAAGAUAAGAAACCUGUAAUUCAAAAUAUAAACAUUCAUAAAAUACCUUUUGGUAUUUUCAAAGUGAAAGAUAAUGUAGAUAAAAUCAAAGACGACUUUUUUAACUAUGCACAUAGUACUGAAUUUUAUAAUGAUCCACAUGAGGAGCAUUAUUUCCCUAAUAUACUAGCAGCGCCUAGGAACUUUUUACGAAAAUUGAGAGAGAAAGGAUCUGCUUUAUACCAUAAGUUUUUUUAAGAUAACUAGCAUUAAGUCAGUUAAAAAAUAAAUAACUGAAAUGUGAAA